AACAAAAAAGAAACAUGGCAACUUAUUUUUAGAAACUACUUUUCCCUGCAUUCCCUGCGAGCUCCAAUUUGACAACCAGCCAAUCCGCGUCAUGACAGCCCGGCACGUGACGUAGGGCAAGUUCCUGCUGUGGCUUGAGGGAAACAGAUCCGACAUUCAGCCACGGGAGAAUCGCACUUUGCGGCCUGUGGAAGCCCCCUCCCUGAGCGAUGGCCUCACCAGUCUCCGUCUAUAACUCCAACCCCUUGGACGCACACAUCUCCAGUACGUCCAGAGAGUCUCUGAAGAUGGAGCUGUUAGCCGAUGUGUCUCUGCUCCCAGGGGAGGAGAGAAUCAUAGAUAAAGACAUCAUCUACAUCUGUCCAUUCAACGGAGCUGUGAAAGGCAAAGUGUUGAUCACCAACUACAGACUCCACUUCAAGAGCUCGGAUGCUGAUGUUGUGGUGACGCUGGACGUUCCUUUGGGUGCCAUCAGUCGGGUGGAGAAGAUGGGUGGUGCGUCAAGCAGAGGAGAAAACUCCUACGGCCUGGAUAUCACCUGCAAGGACAUGAGGAACUUGAGGUUCGCCUUGAAGCAGGAAGGCCACAGCAGAAGAGAUAUCUUUGAUCUCCUGUUCAAACACGCCUUCCCCCUCUCACACGGUCUGGCGCUGUUUGCAUACUUGACUCAGGAGAAGUACGGGGAGAACGGCUGGGACAUCUACAAACCCAUAGAGGAGUUCAGACGGCAGGGCUUACCUAACAACAAGUGGCGCAUUACGUUCAUCAAUAAGAACUACGAGCUGUGUGACACCUACCCCACUGUGCUGGCUGUACCCUUUAAGAGCAAAGAGGAGGACCUGAGGAGGGUGGCAGCCUUCAGGUCAAGAGGACGCAUACCGGUUCUAUCGUGGAUCCACAGGGAGAACCAGGCGGUGAUCGUCCGCUGCAGUCAGCCUCUGGUCGGCAUGUCGGGGAAGAGGAACAAGGACGACGAGCGCUACCUGGACGUGAUCAGGGAGGCCAACGACACCGCCAAGCUCACCAUCUACGACGCUCGGCCCAGCGUCAACGCCGUGGCCAACAAGGCCACGGGAGGAGGCUACGAGGGCGAUGAGUACCAGAACGCAGAGCUCAUCUUCCUGGACAUCCAGAACAUCCACGUUAUGAGGGAGUCCCUGAAGAAACUCAAAGACAUCGUCUACCCCAACGUGGAGGAAUCUCAUUGGCUGUCCAGUCUCGAGUCGACGCACUGGCUCGAACACGUCAAGCUGGUGUUGUCCGGAGCCAUCCAGGUAGCAGACAAGGUCUCCAGUGGGAACUCGGUGGUGGUGCACUGCAGCGACGGCUGGGACCGGACCGCCCAGCUCACCUCUCUGGCCAUGCUGAUGCUGGACAGUCACUACCGCACACUCAGAGGGUUCCAGGUGCUGAUUGAAAAGGAAUGGAUCAGCUUUGGGCACAAGUUUGCCUCCAGGAUAGGCCAUGGCGACAAGAACCAUGCAGAUCAGGACCGAUCACCCAUCUUCGUUCAGUUCAUCGACUGUGUGUGGCAGAUGACCAAACAGUUUCCUACAGCCUUUGAGUUCAAUGAGCGCCUCCUGCUGACGAUCCUGGAUCACCUCUACAGCUGCUGCUUCGGGACUUUCCUCUACAACUGCGAGAGUGCACGAGACCAGCACGAGGUGAGGUUGAAGACGGUGUCCCUGUGGUCUCUGGUCAACAGUAGGAUGGAGAUGUAUUUGAACCCCUUCUACACCCCCGAGUCCGGCAGGGUCCUGUACCCAGUUGCCAGCAUGCGCCACCUAGAGCUGUGGGUGACGUACUACAUCCGCUGGAACCCGCGCAUUCGACAACAGCAGCAGAGUCCGGUGGAGCAGCGCUACAAGGAGCUGCUGGCCCUCAGAGACGAGUACUUGAAGAAGCUGGAGGAGCUGCAGCUGUCCGACUCCCCCUCCUCCCGCCUGGCCAACAUCCCCACGGCCAACACCUCCUCCUCCACCUCUUCCACACCGCCACAGCAAUACACGCAGCUACACACUCCCCUCUGAGGGCUGGUCGCAUCACACACUCAGAUAUACCUGUUGACUUGCACUUAAUGUUCCUCUUCACUCUGAUUUCUGUCAGCGUCUCACACGCAGGGAAUGAGUUAGUGUUGUGCAGUCCUAACUGUCCAUAACAAAGAAUGCUAAUACGAUUUUUAGAUGUAAUGGGUUAUUCUAACACCAUAGUGGUGAUGAUGGUGAUUUAUGCAAUAUGUCACAGUACAGCCUUGUCACAAGACCUCUACACACACACACACACACACACACACACACACACACACACACACACACACACACACACACACACACACACACACAGUACAGGGAAGCCUUAAAGACAUUCAGUGGCUUUCAGUCCAAGGGCUUGAACACACAGGACACACAGAGGGUGUGCAUGAGCGUUCACAUGGGCAGCAGAGACGGAGUUUUGAGUUUUCACUCUGCACGUUGUCGCACUCUUGAUUUGUACGGAAGCCCUGAGAGAGAAAAAAAACAUUCUGGUGAUCCAUUUUCUAAAUCUGAACAAAAAAUGUUUAGCUAGAAUAAUAUUUUAGAAUAAAAUUUCUUUUUUCAUCUGUGAAAACAAGAGAAGUUUUGGGAGGCGAAUUUUUGUUUUUGUUUUCGUGUACAUUUUUUGUUAACAUAACUUGCAAACACACAAUAUAUAUGUAUUUUGUGUCGGAGGCAUUAAAACUGACCUGGAAGAAAACAGAAUGCUCUAAGUCCUAUUUAGAACAUGUGGUGCACUUCAGCCUCUUGUGGCCACGAUGGGUAUUACAACAACAAACACCAAAAUUAUCCUUUUUCUUCACCUACCAGAACUUUUUGUUUCUCAGCUGUUUUCACAGAUGAAGAAGAAAAAAAAGCAACUUAGAAAAACCACCGGCUUCCACUCUUUUUUUGCCUAGCUAGGCUAACCACCAUGGAACUAUCACCGCACAUCAGACUGUUGAUAUUCUCAUCUAGUUAUUGACCUUGGAAGGAAAUUUACACUCAAGGGCUGCUUACUAGCUUUUUCAGGAGCAUUCUGCGGCUUUCAACCGCAGAGUUUUGUCAAACUAAAAAGGGAGUUAAAAUUGAAUGUCAAGACAAAAAUGGGGACAAUACAUUUCUUUGGAAAAGCAACACUGACAUCGGAACUCUGCUAGGUGACACUUCUGCCUUUGUCCUGCUACACAGAGUAAAAUGCUAAUCCAGAUGUUGUACAACUCUCACUUCUCACACUGCUUCCCACUCGCUGCACUGACCGAGGAAUCGGUCGGAGCGGAGUCGAAAGCUUUGAGCGCCUAAGUGUGUGUGUAUAUAUAUAUCGAGUGUGUCAGAUUUUGGAUGGAUUGGUGUGGAUUUUGAUGCUUAUCACCCGAGGAUGAAAGCUAGGGCCGCCUCGGUCUCGCGUGUUUUGCAGCCGCUAUCAGCUAAGCUCACCCAAGCAGUAUUUCCCAGCAUUUCUUGAGAGCAAACGCACUCUUAGCGGAGUUUGGUUGGAAUGAAUCAUUACUUUACCUUUUAUGAAUGCAGCUUUGAUGUGGUUUGAAAUAUAUUCCAGGUGCUUAGGUUAGUCCAGGGACAUGAAGUGGUGCUGGCCUCUGAUCCUGGAUCCCCUGUUGUGCUUCUAUGUUGUCACUGAACCUUCACACCUGGAUAGAGAAAGCGACCCCAGGUCCUUGAUAGCCUUACCACGCCAAGAUGUUUGGAACCAGCACACGGGUUUAGGGACAGUGAGCAGAAAUAAACUAGUUAGCUCUCACUCCCCCUUUUUAAAUAGACUUUUUGUAAACCGGACUGUUUCUACGUAUUUUCUCCACCUCCUCUGAAAAGAGCUGUGUGAAACCUCACAAAAGCUCACGGCUCAUGUGCCUUUUUGGACAGGUGUUGGCUUUGUACACAAUUUUUUUUUUCCCCCUGUAUUUCAAUAAGGAUACUAUGUUGGUCAGGGGAUUUUUUUUUACAUCGGAAAGGAGAGUUUUAGUCAGUAAAUUUAAAAAGUAUUCGCCAGGUCUCUAAUUGGUUGAGGUUAUUGCUUGGACUUGUUUAAAACUAGCUGUUUGGUCGUCUUACUAUUCAUGGUUCUGCCUGAUUGGACUCUAGAUUACAGCUGUGUGUAGCAAUUGAUUAUUGUUCUCCCCAGAUAUCAGCAAGGAAAUGGGUGCAAGGCAUGUUAUCAUAACUAAUAGGAAUGAUGGAGAAAGCUAUUAAUAAUAAGGCAAAUUUGUCAAAUUAGGGGAACUAUCCUUGAUUGUAUGUGGAAAUAUAUAAUAUGUUUUCAUAUGAGAAAUUCUAUGGAAUAUAAUAUCCAGCAGAAAAAAAAGAAAAGGUCAAUGUUAGGAAUGGCAAAAAAUAGAAAUAUUCAGGUCCAAAUUAUAGGUUACCAUGUUUAAAUUAUCACAGAAGUCAAAGUUCUCACAUUUGCUUUUUUUACCCCAAAAUGAUGAGAUCAUUAUUUAUAAUAAAAAAACCUAAUAAAUCACUGUAUCAAAAGUAUGACCUAGUAUCUCCCAAUUCUGCCUUUGAAAAGUGCAAUUUUUUUCUUAUAGGGAAAAGUGACUUAUCUCAUAAUUAGGACUUAAUAUCUUUAUUCAUUUAAAUUUUGUUCCUGUUCUGAAUGGUUAAUUUACCAGAUAAAAACACAUGAAAACCCACCUGUCCAAAAAGCACAUUCCUUAGUAGUUUGUCUCUUUGGGUUUUGGUGCUGUCGUGGAGCUGGUUUCUACUGAGCAGUGUGCAGAGUCAAGCUCAGGACAUUACAUUGACAACAGUGUGUGUGUGUGUGUGUGUGUGUGUGUGUGUGUGUGUGUGUGUUUGGGGUUAAAAGGAAUGUUGGUAAACAGAAUCGAGUUGCCUGAUAUGAGGAUUUUGCUGCUAACUCCAAGGGCUCCAAUUUUGGUUAGAUUGAAAAACAGUUGCGACAAACUGACAGAACACGUCCGUCUCAAAUGUAUGUACUGUAUCGCUCAGUCUGUCGAGAAGAAGACAAGACUGUUAAUUACAAUCGCACUGUAAUUGUAGUUUUCUGCCCCCGUAUCUGUUCUCGGCCUCCGGUACUUUGUUCUAAAAUGGGCGAUUUAAUAAACUAGGAGGGCACUCUGAGAGCACAGAGAUCCGCCAAGGCCGUUUCCAUUAGUUCAAAAUAAUGCUCGUUUCUCCCUAUUGAUUCGGAUUCCCGCCAAAAUGUAGUGGGCUCUUCGGUGGCCCGUGCUACCACUUUCCACCAAGUUUCAUGAAAAUCUAGCCACGGGGGUUUAUCCGUAAUCCUGCUGACAAACAAACCAACAAACCAAACUGAAAACAUAACCUCCUUGGUAGUAUUGACUGGGGCUUGAUUACUGGAGUACUGUAAGAUGAGGAUUUGAGUGUUCUACUAUGUGUUGCCAGCACAUCAUGAAUCCCUCUGAGAGAAAUUGAAUGACUUGUCAAAUGCUGAUGUGUUGUUUUGUCAAUGCCAGCUUUUGGUUCCAUCACCAAACAAGAAGACUAAAACAAUGGAUGGCUAUUGAAAAGGAGCUUCAGACCUGGUCCUGGUAGCACUUAAGCUCUAACAGUGCUAUGCUUUGGAUCCAGACCCAAGGGAAACUGCUCAGAAUAUUUCUUAUCACAUAAAAACAGGUAGAUACAUCUGGAAGUCUACUUGGACCGCCGCUGUAGAUCAAGUCCACCUGAUAUUUGCAACAUUUCAUAAAAACCUCCUUCACAAAUGAAUAUUAUAUUACAGUACCCCAGAAGUUCUGGGGUAUUGGCGGUCUGUCUAAAUGGGUCAAGGCACGUCCUCCGAUCCAUCGCAGAACGCGGGUUGAACACGGGUCAGACGCUGGUAAUUGGAUGUUGGUUUUUUUUGUAGUCCCCUCCAAUUUGUAUGAUGUGGUAGAAGGGGACUUGGCCUCUGGAACAGCAUCCCUAAAUUUCGAGAUAUGCCGUCUACCUGGUGAAAUAGAAAUCAGGGUCAAGGAGGCUCCGGCAAGUCGGAAGCAACAAUGCAUUGAGACAAUGUGUUGUAUGUACAGUUUGACAGGGUUCAAUUGUGAACGAGGUGCAAUAAGUCAUUAGUCAUAAGGUCAUGUCCAGAUUCGUGCCUUGAUUCUUGUGAGAAUCGCCUUCACCUCUUCAGAGAAGCGUACUCUAGCUGUCCCGGGUCAUGUUUGAGAUCGACUGCUCUGUAGUUCAGGGUUCCAAAGGAACAGAGCCUUGUAAACUCUGCAGGUGUAUUUGGAGUGCAAAGGUACCUUUACCUGUACUACAGGAAGCCUCUGUUUAUCCCCUCAUAAUCAUGUACUGGUUGACUCGGGAGCAGACCACAUAGUAGUAAGAAAAACAAAAAGGGGCCCCACUGCCAUAUUAGAUUGAUAAAUGUUUCAUUGGCGUGUUUUGUACAAUGAUACAGAAAGUCCAGGGCAUAUCAGGUUUAGCUAGAAAGGUCAGGUAUAUUCCAUGACCAUUCUAGGACACGCAGGGUUCUCGGCCAUAAGCUUUGACGAUCUGGUCAAAUGUUGCCUCUUUACAAAAGAGCUAUGGUGCUUAAAUCUGUUCAUUUAGUAAAUGAUGGUCCAUUUAGAGUCCAAUACAUAAAACAUAAUGCAGGGUAUGCUUCCCGGCCCAAAUACGGUCACUUUCGUUCACUGUUUGCAAAAAAACACAACCUCAAACUCGAGGCUUCAAACUGGCAGUGGCGUCACGAUGACGACAAGGUCCACUUCUUCUAUACGGUCUAUACGUCAAAGCAGAGCUACUCCGUUGCUACUGACGUGGCUGUAAAGCGGUGGAUUUAUUGACUCAUUUCACUAUCAGAAUUUGAUCAAGUCAGUCCGAUGACAUUUGAAAAAAUUUAACUUAUACCCAUUCAAAUAGGCAUAGGAAAUGUACCGGCUGUUUUUGAUACCCUUAAAACUGUAAAUUGAGCGUUAUUGUUAUUAAAUAUGUAUUGUGAAAACUAAUUUGGGCCAUAUGGUCCAGCCCUAUGUUAUCCUGCCUACCUGCAGCUAUGUCAAAUCUCAAACAUGACUCUUGUGUGUCGGGGUGGGUCAAAGUGGGCAGAUUAGAGAGUGAAACCCGAUUCCCAGGUUCACAGAGGUGAUUUUACACGGGUUCUACCAAAUGGAUACUUUGACAAGUGUUUGACGUCCUCUAUGAAAGCUCUGAUCACAUGAUGGUGUGUAGGUGGAACAACAGAGACAAAUAAGAAGUGACAGUAACAUAAAAAUGUGUAUUGGUCGGAUGGCUGUGUUUUUAGGGAAAAACAGAUAAAAAAUCUAUUUUUUAUUAUUUUUUACUUUGUACAAGAACCAUGAUGUAAUUACCUCAAUCAAAACCUAUUUUACUGUCUAAAGUUCUAUUGUUGUAAAAUACAAUUAUUUUAUGUAGUGUAAAAUCUUACAGUUUUAUAAAAAAGGAAAGUAAUGUUGGUCCAGAAAUUGUUGGUAUAAAUUGUGGAUUUCUGCUCCAUUGGUUAAAUUUCUUUGUUUAGUUAAAAUUUUAGAGGGCAUUUCUUUGGUUUGUGCUCGCUAACACGGGAUGAAACGACAGAAGCUUCUGGAAACUGUUGGCCUGUCACAAACCUCGACUCUCCCCUCUCAGUUCUCUGGUGGAUCUCUAGCUUUACGAUUCACCGUGGCUCUGCGGCAACGAACCCCGAGAAGCACUCUGUCACCGUUCAUUUCAAAUGUACUCUUUCUUUAACGUAGGGGGUUGUAGUUUGAGGGGUUUCCUGUCAUAGUAUAGCCGGCUUUUUUAAUAAAUACACAUGAAAUGUGGCACAGGAUCUUUUUGUCAUCAACAAGGGAAGGCGAGAAUCAGAAUACAUUUCAAAUGUAUUUCUUUUAAUCAUGUUAUAUCCCCUCCAGUUUGUUGGAUGGGUCCUGUUAUGUAAAUAUUACUGAUUAAAUUAAUUUAAGGAUU